UGACGCCGAGCGCAGCUCGCGUGCUGCCAGCCAGGAGUGGCGUCUGAGAGGUGCGGACCGGCUGGCCUUGGGGAGCGGUCAAGAUGCCUUUGGCAAGAGAUUUAUUACAUCCGUCCUUGGAAGAGGAAAAGAAAAAACAUAAAAAGAAACGGCUAGUUCAAAGUCCAAACUCUUAUUUUAUGGAUGUAAAAUGUCCAGGUUGCUACAAGAUUACCACAGUUUUCAGCCAUGCUCAGACAGUGGUUCUUUGUGUGGGUUGUUCAACAGUCUUGUGCCAACCUACAGGAGGAAAGGCCAGACUUACAGAAGGCUGUUCAUUUAGAAGAAAGCAACACUAAUGAUCUACACAACUUUCUGAAUUUGUGUUAUCUCACAGAAAGCCUUAUCAUAAGUUCAAUAAUUCUAGUUAAUCUACCAAGAGAAUUAAAUUUGGUUUUAUAAGGUAUACAACAGCAAUCUCCUAUUUUGAUGUCAAUUUUUCAAUAAAGUUUUGAUUAUGGGCAAA